AUGGUGCUGAUCCAAGAAGAAAUAGAUCCUCCCUAUGUUCAAUUGUCCGAUACAGAAGACGAGGAAAUUGAUGUAACCUUGACAGCAGAAGAUGAAAUGAUAGACUAUGAGGAUCUGAAGAAGCGCAUAUGUAAAGACCGUAUCCUUCUCCAAAAGAUGAAGAAGAAACUUAACAUGGACGAAUCUGAGAACAGAGAAGCCAAACAAGAAGCGUCCAGGAAAAAGAAGAUGUCUAGGGCACAAGACUCUGUCCUCAAAUACAUGGUCAAGAUCAUGGAGGUUUGCAAAGCUCGUGGAUUCGUCUAUGGCAUCGUCCCUGAAAAAGGUAACCCAGUUACUGGAAGUUCGGAUAGUCUACGAGAAUGGUGGAAAGAAGAUAUUAGAUUUGACCAAAAUGCCCCUACGGCAAUUGCAAAGUAUUUACCCUUACUUGAAAAGGGAGAGUCAGAUGAGUCAUCAAGUAUACACCUUCUCCAAGAUCUUCAAGACAAAACACUAGGAUCUCUUCUUUCAUCACUGAUGCAACACUGUGUGCCGCCACAAAGAAGAUAUCCUUUGGAUAAAGGUGUGGCCCCACCGUGGUGGCCUAAUGGGUCAGAGGCAUGGUGGGGUGAACAGGGCCUUUUGGCUCAAGAACACGGGCCACCACCGUAUAAGAAACCCCAUGAUUUGAAGAAGACAUGGAAGGUUUCGGUUUUGGCUUCAAUUAUAAAGCACAUGUCCCCUGACCUGAAGAAAUUGAGAAGGCUUGUGACUCAAUCAAAGACCUUGCAAGAUAAGAUGACUGCCAAAGAUAGUGCUACUUGGUCCAAAGUUGUGAACAAAGAAGAAGCUUUGUUGAGACUUACCAACAAGUGUCUUAAGAUUUUCCCUUCUUCGUCCAGCGACCAGGAGAAUAAUAAGGAAGACGGCAGUGAAAAAAGAAAGUGUGAUUUUGAUAAUAAUAAUAAUAAUGGUAACAACAACAAUAACGAUAAUAAUUUUGUGGACAAAUUAUUAUAUACAUGUCAGAACCUAGAUUGUCCGCAAAGCGAUUUGUCUAUGGGAUUUAGAGACAAGAAUUCAAGGUUGGACUCGAUGUGCGCUUUUGGCGGUACCACUCUCGAUCAUCAGAGAAGUAACAGCAACAAUGAGAAUUGGAAGGCUUUCCAUGAUUAUCUGUCGAGUGAGGAGAGGAUGACAAGUGUUGGAGAUUGGAUGAACAUGGAGGUAGCUAAAGCCAACAACAACAAUAACAAUAAUAAUAAUUUUGGUGACACUGAUUUUGGUGAUAUUGAUAUUAUGAAUGGAAUGAAAGAGAUUGCGGGUGGAGCUUUUGGUGAGGACAAUUUAGGACUGUGGCUGAAUGACAUUGAAGAUUAUGAGUUGCUUGCGGCAUUGGAGAUGGUUAAAGCAAAUAGUGUGAUGGAUUCCACUCAUCAGAAUAAUAAUCCACCAUUAAUAAAGCAUGAUUAUAUUUCUCCACAUGACGGCCUUGGCCAGGAAGCAACAACUUCAUCACUUUGGGACUAUACUACUACUUCGUUUAAGAGCAACAAUAUUUAA